AGGGAAGGUGAGAGGAGAGCAGCGCGCUCGCCUAUUCGUCGGAGGACGAGUCGCGGACGGAAGUCGUUUGCGGAAAGCGGGCAGCGGUGGAGCGGAGUGUGAAUGGGGCUUUGGUUUUUGUGCUAGGAAGAUACGUUGUGGAAGCCGCCAGUAUGAACGUUGGAGUUGCCCACAGUGAGGUGAAUCCCAACACACGAGUUAUGAACAGCCGAGGCAUCUGGCUGGCCUAUGGCAUCUCUGUGGCCACUCUUCACAUCAUCCUUCUCAGCAUCCCCUUCUUUAGCGUCCCUGUGGUCUGGACCCUAACCAAUGUCAUCCACAACCUGGCAAUGUAUUGGCUCCUGCAUACUGUGAAAGGAACCCCCUUUGAAACUCCAGACCAGGGCAAGGAUCGUCUCCUCACACACUGGGAGCAGAUCGAUUAUGGUACACAGUGGACCUCUUCUCGCAAGUUCCUAAGCAUCUCCCCAAUAGUCCUCUACAUCCUGACCAGCUUCUACACCAAAUACGACCCCGGGCACUUCAUAAUCAACACUGCCUCUUUGUUGAGCGUUCUCCUGCCAAAGCUUCCCCAGUUUCAUGGCGUCCGCAUCUUUGGUAUCAACAAGUACUGAAGCAGGCAAAACCUUGCUACCGUUUAGACUUAACUGGUGGAGAAAUGGCUCCCAGCUCCAGUAACCUGGCGACAGCCAAUGAUCCUACUGUCCUGAAACUGAGCUAUGAAGAGCUACGUGUAGAUUGAGAGGGGCAGAAGGAUCUUUAGCUGCCCAAUGGAUUCAAAAAUACAGAACUUUUUUUGAGAGGGGGAGGGGGGGUUGCAAGGAGAUUGAGCCAAUCACUUAGUAUUUCUUCUGGGGGAAUGAAAAGAAUGAAUCCUCAACAGGGACUGAAAUAUCUUCAGAUCUACCAUGUAAGAAUAUUCUUUUUGAGCUGUUUGUAAUGGGUGACUGGGACCGGCUUUUGUGUUAAACCCUUUGCAUUGUUUUUUAUAUAUAUUCUCACUUCAAACA